GUCUCACCCAUUGAACAUCUCUUCAAUUCAGUCUCCAACUCCACUGCAAGCAGCAAAUGGUGGAAGCACUCCACGAACACGCUCCAAAUCACACCUCCAUGUCCGAGGUGAUGGAGGAGCUGAAGCUGAUGCGGCGCCUGUGCCUGCCAAUCUCGGCGCUCAACCUGCUCCACUACGUCAAGAGCAUGGUCACCGUGCUCUGCUUGGGCCGCCUCGGCCGCGCCGAGCUCGCCGGCGGCGCGCUCGCCGUCGGCCUCACCAACGUCACCGGCUACUCGGUGCUCUCCGGCCUCGCGCUCGGGCUGGAGCCCCUCGCCGGCCAGGCGUUCGGCUCCGGGACCGGGAGGACGAGGAGCCGGCCGCGGCGCGCGCUGCGCCGAGCCGUGCUGCUCCUCCUCGCCGCGUCGUUCCCCGUCGCCGCGCUCUGGGCGUGCGCGGGCCCCGCCGCGCGCGCCGCGCGCCAGGACGCCGCCGUGGCGCGCGCCGCGGGGAGCUACUGCCGCUACGCCAUCCCGGACCUCGCCGCCGCCAGCGUCCUCCUCCCCGCGCGCGUCUACCUCCGCAGCAAGGGCGAGACGCGGAGGCUCGCGUCGUGCGCGGCGCUCGCCGUGGCGCUCGUCCACGCGCCGGCCACCGCGUACCUCGGUGCGCGGCUGCGCGUGCCCGGCGUCGCCAUGGCCGCGUGCAUGACCAGCUUCGCCACGCUGGCGUUCCUGUGGAUCUCGCUGACGUGGGCCCCGGCCCAGAACGAGCCAGAUGAGCCUGCCGAUUUGGAGGAGUGGGCCGGAGUGGGGCAAUGGGCUGAAUGGGCCGACCUGCUCCGGUUGUCACUUCCGAGCUGCUUGAGCGUGUGCUUGGAGUGGUGGUGGUAUGAGCUCAUGACGAUCGCCGCCGGCUAUCUCCGGGACCCGCACACCGCAUUGGCGACGGCGGCCAUCGUCAUCCAGACCACGUCGUUGUUAUACACAAUUCCGGUCACCCUAAGUUCAGCCGUUUCAACCCGAGUCGCGAAUGAGCUAGGGGCGGGCCGACCGAGAUCGGCCCAAGUCUCAUUCGUAGUAGCAAUGGGAAUUGCGAUGAUGGGCUCGUGCGUAGGGCUGACAUGGACUACAUUUGGGCGAGGACUAUGGGUCCAAGUGUUCACCACUGACCCCACAAUACAGUCACUCACAACAAGCGUGCUACCGGUUAUCGGAUUAUGUGAGCUUGCCAAUUGUCCGCAGACAACCGGUUGUGGAGUGCUACGCGGCAGUGCGAGGCCGGCUGUCGGGGCGGCCAUCAACCUAUACUCCUUCUACCUCGUCGGAGCACCUGUAGCCCUAGUGCUUGCUUUUGGGCUUGAUAUGGGCUUUCUGGGCCUUUGUCUUGGGCUUCUCUCGGCCCAGGUAGUUUGCCUUAUAUCUGUGGGCUUUGCUACAUUUCAAACCGAUUGGGAGGCAGAGGCUUUGAAGGCCUUUCAUUUGGUUGGUGGUGGAGAUGAGAAAUGUGGUGAUGACCUGCCAUGUUUGGCCCAUAAGGAAAAUGUAUAGAUUGUAAAAAGUUGCAUGGUUUGGUAAUUUGAUUUUAAAUCUUUUUGCGGUGUUGCAGGUAAAAAUUGUAAAUUUAUGAUCCCAGAAAGACGACUACGAGAAGUACGUUUGGAUACACAAAUUAUGUCUAAAAAUGUAGUAAAGCAUAAUUUAUAUAUCUACUCUCCAUAUCCUAAAAUAUAGCAACCUAGUGUGAGUUGCUAUAUUUUGGGAUGAAGAGAGUUAUAACCUCCGAAAAUAACUUAACGCAUAAAAAUUAGCAACAUUAAUAUCUAAUUUUGUUUAUUGAAUUAUUAAAGAAUUAUAAUUGCUAGCGAACAUACAAAAAUUAAAAAAACCCGGUGCAGCUUCUUUAAAUUCCUUUUCGCCGGGCAAACAUGGCCGGCGCAAGCACCGGCCGGCUUCUUGCUGCUCACAACCUCCUUCUUCAUCGCCGGCGAUAUGUCUCCGGCCGGCCAUCGCCGGAGCUUGAUAGGUUCGCCGGCCGUGCUUGAUGUCGAUCUGAACUGCUAGCUAGCUAGCAUGCUGAUCCGCUAGCGGCGUAUUCAUCGUAUCGACGGCGACGCAGCUUGCAUGAUUAUUGCAUCGCCUCCAAUUCUUGGGCCCUAUCUCUGUUAUUGAAUAUUGAUCGAUGCUGGGG